CCAACCAUAAUGACCACCAGCCAGGCCAAACCUGACAUUCAACAGCCAACGGAAGAUCAAGGAAAUGGUUGCCCAGUAGAAGAGCAUCCGAUACAGACCACCACUGCAACCACAAGUCAAACAUUACCUGAAGAAAAACCUAUUCAGUCCCCUCUCUUGACUAUUUCUCCAGCAAGUUCUGAACCAGUUGAAGACGAUGAGAAUUAUGAUGAUAAAACAAGAGUAUUAUCUCCAGUGAUAUCAUUGACGGGAUAUGAGCCAGAUGUCUUUACAACAGAAGAGACUCCUACUUCUGAUUUGGGUCAGGAAGAACAAUUUCAGGGCCAAGCUGAACAAGAAGAAAUGGUGAGUCCUUAUUCCAUGAAGCAGGAUGAUAAGGAGCAUUAUGAAGAAACUACAUAUGAGUUUGGUCAAGAGACAAUAUAUCAUGGGAAAAGAGCUUUAGAGGUUGAUUUUGCUGGAAUGACAUUUAGUGGGGCCUAUGAAGAGAGAGAAGAAACUUUCCCAGAAGGCUAUGCCAUUGGUGGAGCAGAGCCACAGGAUGAGCCAGUACUACAAGAGGGGGAAGAGGAACUUGAGCUGGAGGAGGAAGAGGAAGAAGAAUUUGAAGAGCGUCCAGAGGAGGAGCUCAUCAGACUUGAGGAGCCACCAGCAGAAACAGAUGAUGAUGUUGAGGAAAGUCGAGAAGUUAAUGAAUCUACAGAAGAGCAAGCCACUGAGACUGCCAGGCUGACGUCUAGCGAUCUACUUUGUGUUAGCUCUCAUUCUGACCAUGACAGACCUCUGUCGCCUACACCUGAUGCAUUGAGACAGGGUUUCUUUGGGGGCAACUUCACACCUCCUCAAGGUGGAAGUUUUACUCCGCCCCAGUCUGGUAUGUUUACUCCACCAAUAUCAGGAUCCCACACCCCACCUCAGGCUGGUCAAGAGUCCAUGGCUGAAGAAUCGGUUGUGCUGGAGAAAGCAGCAACAACAUUUGUGGAUUCAAUAUUGGAAGAUGUUAAAGUUAAAGUAUCAUCACAAGAAACUACACCCGAAGACCUCGAAGGGGGAGAAACUCAAGGAGCAAUAGAAAUGGAACAAGUAGAAGCCAUUGGGAAGUCUGUCAAAAUAGAACAAACGACUGAGGAAUUGGAAGAUAUGUCUACUGAAGACAAUUAUGGGCAACCAGAGAUGUUUUCAGAAUCUGCUAAAAAACGAGGUGUAACUCUGGUCAAACAAAUAUCAGAAGAUAUUCCUGGUAUCAUAUUAACUCAGCACUUACACCAGGAAAUGAAUGAAGAUGAAUACUAUGGCUAUUCCCCCCAGCCAGAGAGUAUCUCUGAGGAUGAAGAAGAGAAGUAUAUCAUAGAACAAAGAAACAUAGAACAAAGGGAAGAAGAGAGUAGAGUUUUCUUAGAACAAGAUGAGAGGGAUGAAAUUCUUGAACAGGGGGAAGAACCAGAAACACAUUUCCAUGAAAAGGAAGAAGAACAAGAAACACAUUUCCUUGAAGAGGAAGAAGAACCAGAAACACAUUUCCAUGAAAAGGAAGAAGAACCAGAAACACAUUUCCAUGAAAAGGAAGAAGAACCAGAAAAACAUUUCCAUGAAAUGGAAGAACCCGAAACAUAUUUCCAUGAACAGGAAGAAGAACCAGAAACACAUUUCCUUGAAAAGGAAGAAGAACCAGAAAAACAUUUCCAUGAAAUGGAAGAACCCGAAACAUAUUUCCAUGAACAGGAAGAAGAACCAGAAACACAUUUCCUUGAAAAGGAAGAACCCGAAACAUAUUUCCAUGAACAGGAAGAAGAACCAGAAACACAUUUCCAUGAAAAGGAAGAACCCGAAACAUAUUUCCAUGAACAGGAUAGCGAGGAAUAUGAUGGUGGUGAUGAUGAUGAGGAAAGUCCUGAAAGAGAUUUUAUUCUACCUUUUAAUGAACAAUUCUCUUCAGAUGAGCAACCAGAAACUCCCACAGGGCAAGAAUCAGAACAAAGAAUAAUUGUAGAUUAUGAUAAUGAUGCUGAUCAACAGAAAGAGGAUUAUUUUUUAGGAGAGUCUGAUCCGGGGUCGGGCUUGAUAUUCACAGAAACACUGCAACAGGGUCACCAUGAUGAUGAUCACUUUUUUGUGAAUGUGGAGCCUGAAUCCGGAUCUGGCCAGAUGGAUGAUGGUUUUGAAGGCUUUGAACCUUACAUGAGCCAAGAUGACCACGGAGACUCCUCCAGUGUCGACAGUUUUGCUACAGUGAUGGCAGCUGAAGCAGAUGACUAUGAGGAGGAUGAGCUCGAUGAGAAUAGGCUGGCUGAGAUAGCUUCCAUGACAUCUUCAUUUACCUCAGACAUUCAAAUGACGCACCCAGAGGAGAGACAGAAAGAAAUGGUGGAAGAUCUUGAUGACACUGAAGAUGAUGAUGUUUCCAUGGAACGAUCACAAGAGUGGACUGCUGUAACUGCUGAAGAGAAAGAUAGAGAAAGUGAUACAUCUGUUGAUAGUGAUCGAUUUGAGUUUGUAGACAGAGCGGCUCUCUCCAUUAUAACAGAGAUGUCUGAUGAAGACAAGUUUGAAAUGAUUGAGAGAGAAGAUCUUGAGUCAGAAGCUGGACUCUCUGACCAGUUUGGAAGCUCCCCUGAUAACAAUGUACAGCAGUCCCCUGGUGUUUCAAACUUAAGAUUUUUUAGUCGAGGGGCUGAGAGGGAUGACACAUCAAUAUCAUCUUCUCUGGCAGAAUUUGAGCAAAUGGAGAAAGCAAUACCAUUUUCAAGCUCAUUGAGCUCCAUAGACAGGGAUCUUGACAGGGAUAUCAUUGGAGGCUCUUAUGAUGAGAGAAAAUUUGUUGGUUUUUCCAAUAAGUUGAAGGGGGGAGAAGAUGCUGGCUCGAUUGCAUCAUCUCUGGCUGAAUUUGAACACCUGGAGCAGGUACUCGUGGUCUCAAGUUCAGCCAGCUCGGUUGAGAAACACACACCUGAGAGUAAAAGUUCUGGUGGAUCAGGUGACAACACAUCAAACUCAAUUUCUUCUUCACUGGCUGACUUUGAAAAAUUGGAACACGAUUGCCAGGGAGAUUCUGAUGAAAAGAAGAGUUCUGUAGAAAGCUCAAGCCGACAAAGUGAGGCUUCAUCUUACACAUCUUUAAAUGAAUUUGAAAGACUCGAAAGGGAAAUUGCUGUAGCAACAGAACUGGAAGUUGAAGCCCAGAAAAUUGUGUCUAUAUUGGAGUCUGGGGUCCUCAUGGGCUCGGGUCACUUUGGUAGCUCAGAUUUCAGUGAAGUUGGGGGCGGUGAUGAAAGGGAUGAGAGAGAUUCACUGGACGGUGGUCAUGAUGACGUCGACCUUGACUCUCUGAGUGAAGGUGCCAGGCUUGGCCAUGAAGGGGAUGCUGAUUCCCUGGACGGGGAAAGUUCUGAAAUAACUGAGAUGGCUUCCAGUGUUGUGUUCGCUGGGCCAGAUUUGAUGACAGCUCAGACAAUUCCAAUAGAUCUGGAUAAUGACUCACUUCAAGGGGAAGCACUUAUGCAGCUGUCUUCCGAUUCUCUCAUCUUGGAACAGAGGCUGAAAACAUCAGACUCUGCUAAGUUUGACACAGACUCUCUCAAAUUCGACACAGAUUCACUUUUUGAACAAGAUGACAGAAUGAUUCGUUCAGCUGACUCCCUAGAACUUGGGGGUCAGUCCAGUGAAGGACAGUCCAGU